AACUUUUAAGCUUGCCUCUGGAGAAGAACUUGGGGAACAUUUAUGUAUUGAAGAAAUUUCUUUUCAGAAUGGUGAGAAACUGAUUAUGUUCAAAUGCCCCAAACUACUAAAUCUUUGCCUAGGCUGGAGCCCUUACAAAGUGGAGGAGAGAUGACACAACUGGAUUCAUCGAAUCAACAAUCAAUUGAUGCAUUAAACAAUGGAAGUAAUGUUGUAAGUGCGGAAAGAUGCAACAUUGAUGUUACUUGUUCACAGGAAAAAGGCAAAACUAGGAGACCAAAAAGAGUGUACAAUAGAACUAGAGUUAAAAUUGAAAUUCCUUUAGAUGAUAUCUUACAAAAUUCAACAAAGAGCAGCCAGGCUGCUGCAGAUGACCUCAAAGUUAGCCGAUCUACACUAAAGCGUGUUUGUAGACGUUAUGGUUUCCCGAGGUGGCCACCAUGCAAGAAGAAUAUGGUUGGUCAAUCUCAACCUAGUGAAUCUUCCCGGGGUGUUGAUCAUCAAACAAUAUCACAAUUAAAUUUUGAUCUGCCUUUCAAUCAAGCCUCAACUACUCUGUCUUUGUCAUCAGGACUGGUUGAGUUGCAACAACAAAUAGCUAAGAGGCUGCACUUAGAAGCUGGAAGUUAUUAUGUCAAGUAUAAAGAUGAGGAAGAUCACGUGAUUUUAAUAGCUUGCGAUGAUGACUUGCAGGAUUGUAUUAGCACUUACAGAUUGCUGGGAACUUCCAUCGUGGUAUCGAUUGAUCCAAAGUAG